CCCAAACUUUUUUGUUCCAGAUACCAGUCAGGAGAACUUACAAAAGAGUUAGAAACAAUUCUGAUAACUCACGAGCUGAGACAGCUYGCWAAGRAUGACGWGGUGAAAUUAGACGUCUUUGUUAGUGAAGACGAAUACAAAAGAGCACAAGAACAGCUASAAGCCAAAGAAAGAGAGGAACUGUCAGWGGAAUUUGAAACCUUAAUGAGAAUCGAGGAAAAAGCCUCUAAAUUUGAAAUUUUUGAUGGAGAAAUUAUUAAAGAUGGCGAAAACAGGGUUCAAGCUCAUCUUGCUGUGAUAACAUCCAAGGACCAGGUCGAGGAAGUUUUGGCUGAGCUGAAGAAAAAAGAUCCUGAUGUUCCUAAGGCGACGCAUAACAUCUGGGCCUACAGGAUYUUUGAUGCCAAAAGAGAUGCCUACGAUGAAAAAUGUGAUGACGAUGGCGAUGAUACUUCUGGAGCGAAACUCCUUCGCUUUUUACAAAGAACACGAGCUACAGAUGUGAUGGUUGUUGUGUCGUGUUGGUAUGAGACCACUGCAGAAGAAUUAAGGGAAGUUAGGUUCAAGUGCAUCCAAAAGAGCGUUCGAGACUUAUUUGUGACCCAUAGCGGGAAAGUGAGCAUUCUACCACGGAAAAUAAAAUGGAAAUUUUACGAGGAAGCCCCAAAGUUUGAAAUUCUUCACGGAGAAACCAUCGAAGAUCGCAAGAGCACAUUCCAAGCUCACAUUUGCGACAUAACAUCUCGCAAACAGGUUGACCAAGUGUUGAACGAGCUGAAGAAAGAUCGUAAGAUUGCAAACGCAAAGUACAACAUGUGGGCUUGYAGGAUCUAUGAUGAAAAGAAGAAAUCCUACAUUGAAGAAGGUUACGAUGAUGGCGAAAAUUUAGGAGGAGAAAGGUUGUUGCAUUUGCUGCAAAAGAGCGACGCCAAGAAUGUGGUUAUCAUCGUGACUUGCUGGCAUGAUGGAAAACUGGGCAAAGACAGAUUCAAACACAUUAAUAAGUGUGCUAGCGACCUUCUUGAACAAAGAAAGAUUUCUAAAAACUAGUACGAGCAUUUGAACAUUUUAUUGAUUCACACACAUAAAUAUAAUACAAGUAUUCACAGGAGCAAUAUUAAUGAAUAAUGAAAAGAAAGUUGAAGCUAAAUUAAUAAUUAUAAAAGAAAGAUCAAAUAGUUAAAACUUUCGAGUCGACAACCACCCAUUGUAAGGUUUUAAAACUAUUUAUGACCAAGAAUAUAGCUAACUAUUUACACAAGAUGGAGAUCUUAAGGUAUAAUUCCCUUGAAAGAAAUUUUGCCAAUAAUUCUUUCAUGAAACUUUGCAUGGACAUUAACUAUGUUAUGGACAUUUAAAAACUGCAAUAAUGGAUGCUUUUCCAUUGUAAUAUCGUAAGUUUAUCUAAAAAUCUAGAUAAAUUAGAAAAUUUACUUAUAACCUUAGAUAAGCUUCCAGAAAUAUUAGCAAUUACAGACACUAGAUUAAAUUCCAAUUCUAUUUCAAACGUUGAUAUAGGAAACUAUUCUCUUUAUCAUAAUGAUUCACCUACCAUGGCAAGUGGGACAGCUAUUUAUGCGAAGGAAUCUCUAACAGUUAUCAAUAGACCAGAUUUAACAAUUAAUAUGCCUAAUGUAGAAUCUACUUGGAUAGACUUUGAAAACGAAGAGAGUAAGCAAAAUAUCAUUAUAGGCUGUAUUUAUAGACAUCCUAGUGGGAACUUAAAUGAAUUCACCUCUUUAUUUGAAGACCUUCUUAAAACAAUACAUACAAGAUAUGACGUUUAUAUUACAGGUGACUUUAAUAUUGAUUUAAUGAAAUAUAUUACUAAUGCAUCUGUUGAAGAAUACAUAAAUAUGCUCUUUUCUAAUGGCUUUUAUCCAACUAUCACAAAGCCAACAAGGAUAACUAAUACCUCCUCAAGCCUAAUAGAUCAUAUUUAUACUAAUUGUCAUCAUUUAGACAUGACACCUGGUAGAGUAGAGAUCAAUAUAUCAGAUCAUUUGCCAAUUUUUUGUUUUAUUAGUAAUCACAAGCAAAAGAGUGAGCUUCCAACCUAUUAUCGAGAUUACAGUGGACUCUCCCGUAAGCGACAACCUCGGGGCCAGGAGAAUGAGGUCGCUUACGGGAGAUGGUCGCUUACGAGAGCUAACACAGGAAGCCCAAACAAUGUGAAUCCCAACACAGGAAGCCCAAACCCUUUAUAAUUUUGUAACUCACGUGUAAAAACUACUGUAUUAACGAUUAAACUGUUUUAAUCAAAA